AUGCUUAAAGUACCUAAUUCCAAUAUAAAUAAAUCAAGUCUUAAAAACGAAUUAAAAUUUCUUUAUCGAUUAAAUAAAGCUCUUUAUCAAGAUGCCGAUGAAUCUGUUCGUCUAAAUUUUAAUAUUCUUGGUCAUCAUUAUGAAAUUCCUGUAUCAAUAUUAAAUAAUUAUCCAAAUACAUUACUUGGUGAACCAAAAUUACGUGCAAAUUAUUAUGAUUAUUUAAAAGAUGAAUUUAUUUUUGAUCGUCAUCCACAAGCAUUUGAAUCAAUAAUAUCAUUUUAUCUAUCUGAUGGAAAUUCAUUAUCGAAACCUGAUUGGAUGCCAUCAGAAAUAUUUUAUGAAGAAUUAAAAUUUUUUCGUAUUAAAUCUUCUAUACUUAUAUCAUAUUAUGAUCAAGAAAUAGCACCAAUGAUUGACAUACAAAUCAUACCAAAAAAUAAUUAUAAGCGUUAUUUAUGGUUAUUAAUAAAUUAUUCAACACAAGAUUGGUACAGUCAAUUAAUGCGAAUCAUUGAUUUUAUACUUAAUUUAAUUGCUCUUUGGACUUUUACACGAGAUUGUCUUAGUGAUUAUCGAAUGUCACAAAUAAUCUAUUGGAUUGAAGAAUCGAAUGGACAAGUUCUUCGACCAAUUUAUAUGCUUUUUUAUUUACAUAUAUCUAAUGUAUAACUUUGUCUACGUAUUUAUUUAGUUCCAACAUUUUAUCAAAUAUAUUCUGAUAUAUGUUUUUGGUUUGAACUUUUUUCCGUACUAUCAAAUUUCUUUAUGUAUAUAAUUAUUGAAAUUCAAAAACAUAAAAUAAUUUAUUUUUAUUCUUGUUUAACAUUUAUUUCUAUUCUACGUUCAUUACGUAUAUUUCGUUUUACAAGACAAAUAAUUAUAUUAAAAAUAUUUCUUUAUUCACUAAUACAUAGUAUUCGACAAUUAUUUCAUCUAUUUAUUAUUCUUAUAGCCACAAUACUUUUUUUUGGUGAACUUAUCUAUUUAAAUGAAGAAUGGACAAGUGAUUCAUCAAUUCAAACAGUAACUGAUGGUUAUUGGCUUACUGCAUUAACAGUAACAAGUCUUGGUUAUGGUGAUCUAUAUCCAACACAUAUUUAUUCACGAAUAUUAAUGUCUAUUUGUUCAAUAAUUGGUCUUGUAGUUGUUGCAAUGAUUAUACCAGAAAUUUAUCAUUAUUUUGGUAGAAUGUAUCAAAAUGCAACAAAAAAACGACAUAUUAUUCGUUAUAUUCAUUCUGAUCAGAUAGCACUUAGAAUUUGA